CUAAUCAAUGCGAGUGGUUAUGUCUCGUCUCGGGGCAGCGGAGUGAGAGGAGGAACUGUCACUCUUAGCAUGGGGCGGCGAGCCGGACAAAGGCCCUCUUGUAGCCGUCUUAUACAAACCCCAUGUGCACAAGAAAUCCACACAGAACCUGCAGCCCUCCUCCAGCGAGAGCACGCCUAGAAGACUGACAAAAUGAAACCGUCCGUGGUUGCUGCUAUUUUUCUGGUUGGACUUUUGACCACCGAUGCGUUCCCAUCAACCCGCUGGUCCUGCUACAAGAAGAUUCUGAAAGACAGAAACUGUCAUAACGUCGCCAACGGAGUCGAAAUGAUGCGACCCAUCGAUUCUCUGCAGAACCACUUCUGGGAAGGAAACAGAUGCGAUACGGUCUGCUACUGCAACUUCAGCGAACUGCUCUGCUGUCCCAGGGAUGUCUUCUUUGGACCAAAGAUCUCCUUCGUGAUCCCUUGCAAAAAUCGUUAAGGAGGGGGGCGGGAAAGCUGUCUGCUGCCGGCCCUCAGUUGGAGCAGACGGAGAACGCGAUGCAAUUACUCAUUGGACCAUAAGAGCCGUAAUCAAAACACCUUCCUCAUUCUGGUCAGCAUGCACUGUGGUGAUACGCUGUCUGCUCUCCGCAUCUACGUCGGCAACUUUAGAAGACUCGUGAUUUAAUGAAUGAUAGAAGUUUAAAAUUAGAUUAAUUUGAUAUAACGACUGAUAUUUGACACAGCGGUACACAAGGGUAUACUCACGGCCGGAGGGCUUUAUGAACAACAAACAAUUCGGAUAAUAUCAGACAGGUUCAACUAAUUAAAAUUAUGUGGUAACAGUAAAAAAAAAAUCCUCCCAAACAGAAUAAAUGAGAUGUGACCAAUA